GCGCUUAUAGCAGGACACUAUGCGCAUUUGUUGAUGCUGUAUUUCCUGCUGUGAGGAGUGCUUUUAAAGUGCAGUCCAACGAUGAUUUAGUCUGCAUUUACACAGGCAGCCCAAUUCUGAUAUUUUUUUCACUAGUUGGUCUUUUGACCAAUCAGAUCAACUCUGAAAAACUUCUGAUGCGAAAAGUUCUGGUGUUAUUGGUCUAAAGACCAAUCAUAAUUGGGCUGCUUGUGUUUACGCAGCCUAACUGACCUCAGGUUUUUCCUCUGACUUUGCCACCCACCUCUCUCAUACACAGCAUUAAUUAAGCAAUAAGGCAUGAGAACCUGGGAAUUGACUCCCAAAGGGCUGUUCGAGGUGAAGCCAAGGGCCAAUAAAAAGCCUUUUGGAGGGUGUUAUCUACGAUUUGCUUUUAUAAAAUGGUUGCCAACAUAUACAAAAAAUAUUAAUAUCAUUGUUUUAAUUUGUAAAUAAUUUUUAUUUCAUCCUUCCACCAGACCAUAUAGUCCGGGCAAAAGCCAGUCAUUAGGACGGAGGUUCUAUAGUUGCUAGCCAAACAUCCCCUUACAAGAUUGCAGUUUUGAAACUGCAUUAAAAGUGUAGUAACUGCAGUCGACUGGUAUUUUGGACGCUGUAAUUGCAGAAUAGCUGCAGUUAUACUUCAAUCUAAUUGCAGUUACACUACAAAAUUAAUACAGUAAAAAAACAUAUUUUGGAUACAGUACAUAUUGAAGUUAAACUGCACUCUUAACUGCAGUUAUACUGCACCUGACUGCAAUCUUUUUUUGUAAUGGUCCUACCCCAGUGUUUUCCAAGCUCAGUCCUUGGGACCAAGUGGCGCACAUUUUGUUAUUUGCCCUAACAAUACACAGCUGAUUCAAAGCUUGAUGAUUAGUUGAUUAUUUGAAUCAGCUGUGUAGUGCUAGUGCAAAAAAACUAAAUGUGCACCCCUUGGUAUCCCGAGGACCGAGUUUUCUAUUUUCAAUGGUUGCUAUCAGUGGUGAUUUUAGCAUGUAAAUCUUGGUGGGGCAAACUGUAAAAAAAAAAGAAGAAAGAUUGAUGCAUGCCAGCAAAGCCACAACACAACACUAAACAAUACAUGAAUUGCACCAUAACAGUGACAAACGGUGCCCACAAACGGUUAGGGCCUACAUAAAGCUGUCCCCACAGCAGAGCUUUCUUUUCAGCACCAUGGAGUGAAUCCUUACCACCUCUACACCUGGCUAGAGCCUUGUCUGGCAGCAAAACAGUUCAUUUAACCUCAUUUACUGACUUUUUAAAAAACAUAGCUGAUAUGGCUGACUUGCUUAAACAAAUGUGGUUUCUACUGACAAUUGAGAUGUACAAACUAUGGCAUAAGUGAACGAUGUGCAGAUAAGAGGCAAUACGUCAUUAUGAUUAAGACAUUAAUGAGCAAGCUUAGACGGGCGUAGUCCAUAUAACUAUUUGUUCAGCUCUUUUGAAAUGUACAGUGCCAGAAUUCAGAACACAGUAUUCUCCCUGUACACCAAGUCAGAACCGUAAGAUAAAUAAAGGGCAUAUAAGCAGACAAUGAAAGCUCUUACAAUAUUCGAUGAUGACAUUUCUCUAAAACAGGCUAUAGGCUACAUGUGCACCUCCAAGUCAGAACAGUAUGCUAAAUUAUGAGGGAAAGGGACCAAAUUAUUAGGGUGAGGCACAUGGGCUACUAACAGCUUACUACACAACAUAUAUUACUUAGCUACAGUAUACAUAUCUCCCUGGCAUAUUACAUAAUUUAUGCAGCAGCAUAUAAUACAUUUUUGGACUCACCGUUGUGUUUUGCUCCCUUGAACAGGAAGGUGGUUCAGUGAUCCUUCUUGUGGGCAAAUUUUGUCAAGAACUUUGUCAUCAAAGUCUGGCAUUCUCUGGAUCUAAGGUGCUUUCAAGACAACUAGGAAUUCUGAAAAAAACUAAAACAGAUUGAAUCAUGACGUCAGUUAUCUUCAGGUCAGAGCUCUAGAAAGAGGACCGAGUUCCCAACUUGGAAUUCCGAGUUGGAUGACCGUUCAAAACGUUUUCCCCCAGUCGGAGCUAGUUUUAUUCAGAGUUCCCAGUAGUCUUGAACUCACUGAAGUAUGACAUUUCCCAGUGCCGAGUUUCAGUUGUUUUGAAUGCGGCAGAAAUCAUGCUGGAUUGACAGGAUGGCCAAUGUAUUUAACCUUUUCAGGCCAUGUUGUAUCGUGUGGAUGUUUAUCCUUUAAAGCUUGGAAAAGAGACCCUUAAACCCAGUCUUGGACCACAUAUCCUCUCCACCGAAUAGCAGGCAGGGGAAGCAAAAUAGUGAUUGCUUUGCAACACUUGCAGUUAGCCACUAAUUCCUUCCAAACCACUCAUUGUGGAAUUUGCAAUUUUCAACUUGUUAUGUAAUGUUCAUGUCCAACGACCAAUGAUCACCGAUACGUUUUAUAUAUCAUUUGACAAGGAUUGAAAAGCUUUUGCCAGUAGAUUGUCAAUGCGAUUCAUGAUGACUGCUUGUCUAUCUUGCUAGCUAAGAUUUUCAAAGUAUGAUGUUGACAUCAGUCCAAUUAAAGCUACGGUAGAUAUAACGUGAUUUAUCUGUGGCCAAUGACAUUGAGCCUUCUUGGAUGGGCACUUAUAAUGGAAAUCUAUGGCAGAACUUUAUAGUUCUCCCUGUAGAUUUUGGGGUGAAAUAGUGUCCCCAUGAGUGACAGAACACUGACCCAAUCACAGCUCAACUAGAGAAGUUUACCAACCCCUACACUCUAUUUUCCGCUGGCUGCCCCACCACCAUUGACAGCACUGAGCUAGGCUGAAACACCUGCAAUUUGGAGCUGACCAUGUUUGUAUGCGGCUUUAUUAACUCAAUAAAAACAUUUUACAAACGGACAUGUGACACGUAUUAAUGCUAAAAUAACUUGCAAGACAGAAAAUAUAAUUUUAAUGUCUGCCCCGAACGUGGCCGCUGGUUGCUUUGUAGCUAUGCAUGAGCUUGCACUCCAUUGUUUCCACUAGCUUCUAAAGCCACUAAGUCAGAAUUGGCUGCACAAUUGGCUUUUUGGUCUUAAUUUAGGGUUAGGCAUAAGGUUAGCAGUGUGGUUAAGGUUAGGUGUACAAUCCAAUUUUAAGAACAUAAAUUGUAGAAAUGGGCAGAGUUUAUGACUGUGGCUAUAGAAGCUAAGAGCCUUCUACAUUGCUAGCUAGCGCACUAAAGUUAACACACAAUCACAUCAAGCAGCUGAAAUUACAGCAAACUAUGUGCAUUUUCGUUUGUUUCACCUUUGUUUCUUUCUAUUGUCAUUUCUUUGAAAUUAUCCAUUAUAAUGAUCCUAAUAAAUGAAUUGGCAUGGCUCAGAAGCUGUCAGUCUUGUCACAUUUAUUCUCUAUGCAUGACAUUGGAGUUCGCAAAAAAAACUGCACAGGUCAGAGGCAAACAAGGUUUAGACAAACCCCAACUGUUUAAACCAAAUGCUAGCCUAGUAGCAUGGGGAAAUAUUGUUUAUAUACUUUUUUCCAGGGGAGAAGUAAGUUUCGAAUUGGCUGUGAGACAGUGGAUGCGCAUUGUGAAUUCAAAUGGAACUGUUAAUAGGGAUGGUGGUGAAUAACUAAAUCCUUACUAUUAACCAAUCAGCAUCCAGGAACCAAACAACCCGUUUUAUAAUAGGCCAGGGGUAUUCAUUCCGCCAAUUCUGUUGCAAAACGCUUCUUAAAGGAAGCAAACAGAGCGAAUCAGGGAGGGACCUACCUGAAUUUGUCCAAUAGAAACCCUCGUUUUAGUUGCAACUGUUAGCCAGAAUGAAUACAGCCCAGCUCUCGUCCUUCUGACAUAGUGAGAGACAACUCUGUAAACUUUGACACGAUUAAGAUUUGGGCAAGAUUUUGACAGAAUGGGACACGCGCACUGCUGUACUGUGCUUCUUAUAGUAUUCCUUGCGCUACAGCAAGCUGCUGGAUUUUGGCUCUUCGAUGUCUUUCCAUCAAGUUUAAAAACUCAAAACAAAGUACCAAACAAUAGCACUCCGCCGGUUCUUAUAGUGCCUGGGACUGCAGGAAACCAGCUUGAAGCCAAGAUUGACAAGCCAAGCCGUGUGCAUUGGAUGUGCUACAAAAAGACAGAUUACUUUUUCACACUUUGGAUUGACUUGAAUAUGUUCAUGCCAAUUGGAAUUAACUGUUGGAUUGAUAAUAUAAGAAUUGUAUACAAUAGGACAACUCGCAAGUCAUCCAAUUCUGCAGGGGUGUCUGUGAGAGUGCCUGGUUUUGGACAGACAUAUACUGUUGAGUUCUUGGACAACAACAAGCUGUCAGGUUAUUUUAAUAAUAUGGUUACACAUUUGGUCAACAUGGGAUAUGUCCGCAAUGAGGCUGUCCGAGCAGCACCAUAUGACUUCAGAAUAGCUCCGAAUGAGCAGGAGGAAUACUUUGCACGACUGAAGAAGCUGAUUGAGGAUAUGUACGAGCGAGAUCAACAACCACUUUACAUCCUGGGCCAUAGCAUGGGAAGCAAUUAUGUCCUCUACUUCUUAUAUCAGCAGACCCAGGCUUGGAAAGAGGAAUACAUCAAAGGCUUCAUUUCACUUGGAGCACCCUGGGGUGGGGCUGUCAAGACCCUUCGAGUACUAGCAUCAGGUGAAAAUCUUGGCAUCCCACUGGUGUCCAACAUCAAAAUCCGGGAGCAGCAGCGGAUGACCACCACAAACCCCUGGAUGCUUCCAUUUGAAGAGGCCUGGCCUGCAGACCACGUCUUCAUCUCCACGCCAUCAUUCAACUAUACCCGACAGGACUACCAGCGCUUCUUUAAAGACAUUGACUUUGAAGAUGGCUGGUUCAUGUGGGAAGACACCAGAAACUUGACAGCUGGUCUGCCCCCUCCUGGUGUUGAGAUGUACUGCUUCUAUGGUGUGGGGCUGCUCACACCGGUUACAUAUAUUUAUGACGACCAGUUCCCAAAUGCAGACCCCAUAGACUAUGUGUAUGCUGAUGGGGAUGAUACAGUGGACAGUCUUAGCCUCGGUCUUUGUAAACGCUGGAGAGGGAAGCAAGCACAGCCUGUCCAUGUCAAGGAAUUCAGGUCUAUGCCCCACAUGGAAAUAGUAUUAAAUAGGAAGGUGAUCAAUGUGGUCCAGAGUAUUCUGGAGGGAAGAUAUCGUGAAGAGGAUUCUACAUUGAUGAACUGAUGAACGUCCCAUUGAUUCCACACUCAUGCAAGAUCAGGCCCAGCUGGACCAGCCUCCCAAAUCUAUACUGUAAGCUUUUGGGGAGAAGAUUAUUCACCCUCCCAAUAUACAUACUAUUACUGAUGCCAGUAGGCUAGCUACGGAGGUGGACUUAUACACAAUGUACAAACCAUUAGGAACACCUGCUCUUUCCAUGACAGACUGACCAGGUGAAUCCAGGUGAACACUAUGAUCUCUUAUUGAUGUUACUUCCAACUUCAAUCAGUGUAGAUGAAGGGGAGGAUACUGGUUAUAGAAUGAUUUUUAAGCCUUUAGACAAUUACCACCCCAUAAUAUUAUUUGUGCCUCUACCAGAUGGAAACUAAAAGCGUAAUGGGACUUACAAAUGUAGAUCCUUCAAACACCCUCAAACAGGGAAACGGAUCCCAAUCAAAGGUGUUAUCAUGUGCUCCACUAAGGCAGUUAUUUGUGUUAUAACUUUUCCUUGUGGUAAAAAUUGUGGAUAAAACAAAGCGCAAAUUAAAAGUAAAAAUCAUGGAGCAUUGUAGCACCAUUAGGUGCAAAAACUAGACGUACCCAGUUGUGGCCCACUUUUUGGAAGCAAACCACUAUUUCGUCCCUUCGUGAAAUCGCCAUCGAACAUGUCACCCUCCCUAGGAGAGGGGGUGACCUCGACAAUUUAUUGUUAAAACGAGAGGCCGCCUGGAUCUUUAAUUUAAAGACCCCCUCUCUCUUGCUCCCUUCGGUGUCAAUGUAGACUUUGAUCUGAAGCCAUUCUUGUGAUUGUGAUUUUCCUAUACAUUGUAAAUGUUUAUGGGCCUAUGUAGCCAAAUUGUACCUAUGACUGUAUGCUACCCAUUCAUGCUUUUUAUAUGUUCUAUUUAUAUCUGUAAAUCAACCAAUGAAAUCAAGCCACACCCAGCCAUGAUUAAACACCUGUGUGUCAUUUAGAGAGUUUCUAACUAGUGAACCGCAGUGUUUGUCAUUAUACCCUGAUGAAGAUGGCUUGUCUGUCAAAACGUUGGUUAUUAAAGUAUUGCAUCUGAGCUCCUA